AUGCUGCGGGGUCUUCUGGAUGUUGAAGCUUCGCUAUGCUGCGGGGUCUUCUGCAUGUUGAAGCCUGGCUAUGCCGCGGGUCUUCUGCAUGUUGAAGCUUCGCUAUGCUGCGGGGUCUUCUGCAUGUUGAAGCCUGGCUAUGCCGCGGGUCUUCUGGAUGUUGAAGCUUCGCUAUGCUGCGGGGUCUUCUGCAUGUUGAAGCUUCGCUAUGCUGCGGGGUCUUCUGCAUGU